AUUUUCAUUGCUAACCAAUUGGUCCAAUCCAAUUAUAAAGAUCCAGCCCCUCUGAUUGUGUGGUUCGAUCCGAAACAUUCCAUAACCCAAAACCUACCCUCGCUUAACCGCGCUCUCUUGUGUCCGUCACUCUGCUCCUCCUCCUGAGUUUUCUCAGUAUCACCAAUUUCUUUCGAUUUCUGUGAUUUUAUUCCUCAAAAAAUGCCUUCUGAAGAUUCAAAGCCCGUGAAGAAAGAGGAGGUGGAGGACGAGGAAGACGAAAAAUGCCUCGGUUCUGUGUUUCAAAACCGCAAGAAAAAACCCGACAAUGCCACUGCCAAAUCUGGCUCCCCCAAGGAAGGUAAAGUCAAGAAAGAAGUUGGUAAAUUGAAGAAGGAGAAAGAAGACUACGAUUUUGAAGAACCCACUACGAAGAAGAGCUCAAAGAAGGCUGAUAAAGUUUGUUAUGAUUUCUUUAUCUUGGGUUUGUUUGCUUUUAUAAUUUAUUUUUUUUGGGUAUUGAAUGAUGACUUUGUCUUGGUGGUUGGCUCUGGAUUUUCUUUUGGGUUUGGGUUAAAGGUGCAGAAAAAGAAGAAGGUCAAGGAGGAGGAGAAAAAGAAGAAAGGGGCCAACAAAGUUGAGCAAAAUCCUAAGAAAAGGGAAAGGAAGGAGUAUGAUUUGCCUGGUCAGAAGCGAGACCCUCCUGAGGAAAGGGACCCAUUGAGGAUUUUCUAUGAAACUUUGUAUGAGCAAGUUCCUAAUAGCGAUAUGGCAGCUUUCUGGAUGAUGGAGUUUGGUUUGCUCUCCAAGGAGGUGGCAAAGAAAGUAUUUGAGAGGAAACAAAAAAAGAUUCAACAGCAAAAGCUAGGUUCACCAGUGAAAACUGUUGUGACUGUAAAGAAAAAGGCUGAAUCUGUUACUGUCACGAGAAAAACAUCAUCCUCCCGUGUUUUAACAAAGAAGACAACAUCAGAGUCCAAAGUGAUGACAAAGCAGUCCAAGAAACGCAAGAUGGAGGAUACCGCCUCUGAUAAUGAGUCAGAUGAUGACUUUCUCCUGGCUUCAACAAAAUCCAAGAAACAGAGAGCCGCUUAAUUUUGGGUAUCAGCAAUGGACUGCUAAUUGUUGUCAUUAUCAUUGGGUAACUAGUAUUAUGCACUAAUGUUCCUUUAUUUUGUAUUUCAAUUGAAAGACUUCGAUUUUAACUCCCCAAUCCAUUCUGCCUCAUCAGGGAUGGGCAUAGGAGAUUAAUUUGCAGCCUGAUUUGGUACACUGGUGUCUCUUGCUGUAUUCCAUAUCCAAAUUGGCUUGAAUCCAUCCUCCUUACUUUUCCUUUGCAAAUUGAACUUGUUGAAGAUUUGGUAGUCUGUAGUAUCCUUCAACAAAAUUUCUUUUUGGUUUUGUAUUUUGUCUGUGUGGCAAAAUGGUAUUCCUCGUUGGUCAGAUUUGUGAAUGGGGCUGAGCAUGGGCAGUGAUUCAGCCAAAAUGCUCUCACACUUUAGUUUCUCUUGAUUAUUCAUUCUAUGAAUAAAUUCUCUAGCUCAUGAUCUCAUCAAAGGAUGUUGUGCAUUAUGCUCAUGGAACUUCAUGUUAUUUGGAACUUCAUAAUCCACAUCCAAAGCUUCAACAUCAACACAUUCC